AUGGCUGGAUUAUACAAUGCAUACCAGACUCCAUCAGCCAUAUUUAUGGGAAUUGCUUUUCAUGAAGUCAUCUCUGCGUUAUUUUUUAUUGCUACACGACGUAGACCACUUCAUACUGCCAUCGACCUCAUAGCGCUGGUCUCAUUGAUAGUUUGUGCUGGCCAGAUUUAUGUGCACACAUUAUUGAUUGAUCAGUCCAUUUCACCGGAAACCACUGUUGAAAACUGGGUCGAGUGGUUGGCUGCAUCUGGAUAUUUGCUGACGUUUUUGACAAGUACUGGCGUGCUUAUUUUGAUGGUUGCUCGACUUCGAGUAUUCCACAAAGGAACGCCUGUUUUUUGGAUUAUAACAGCUGGAAUAGUUGCCACGUUUUGCGUGUCAGCACUCACUGGUGCAUUUGGCAUAUUAUCGUAUCUUGAGCUCAUCAGAGGACAAGCUGUCAUUAUUUCAAAAAGUGCAUUACUUCAUUACUCUAGUCUGCUUUUUGCAAUCAAAUGCAUAUUUGAAGGUAUAAUAUCGGCAACUUCAUCACUCAUAUUUCUUUGGACAAUCAGUAAAGGCACUGGCGUGCACAGAUCCGAAUUCAUCAAGCAGUUGUUUUUAAAGUAUGAAGGGUUCCGUUUUGUCGUUAUUUUUGUCCUUAAUAUUACAAUGGCAGGGUUUGCUGUACAUUCAGCCUAUACGGGUGAGCCAUUUGUAGCCUAUACAGCCUGGUUCUUUUCUCCCAUGAUGUAUGGUUUAGAAAUCUACACGUUUUUACUGGUGAGUUUUGUUGCACCAUCAGAUAUACUAAGAGCAAGACACGAUUCGUCUAGUGAUGAUGGUUUGCAUGGAACUGCUGCUGAACAUGCUGGUUGUUGUGCUAUUGAUAUUACACCCAAAGCCAAGGUUGAAAUGGCCAUUCGUAAUAUGAUAAUGGGUCAAGAUAAAUAA